AUGGUUCACUUGAGCAAGAUCGCCGGCGACAGCCAGACGGGCCCUGACCUCCCCGAGGCUGUCAAGAAGAUCAGUCUGCAGCUUAGCAAUGACGAGGACCGCUUCACAACGAGCAUCUACGGCUCCAAGUUCGCUGCCGAGGACCUCCCCAAGCACGAGAUGCCCGAAGGCGAGAUGCCCAAGGAGGUGGCGUACCGCAUGAUCAAGGACGACCUCAGCCUGGACGGCAACCCCAUGCUCAAUUUGGCCUCGUUCGUCACCACCUACAUGGAAGACGAAGCCGAGAAACUCAUGACCGAAGCCUUCUCCAAGAACUUCAUCGAUUACGAGGAAUACCCACAGUCCGCCGAUAUCCAGAACCGAUGCGUGUCCAUGAUUGGUCGCCUCUUCCACGUGCCCACAGACGACGGCGGGGACGCGAUUGGCACCUCGUGCAUUGGCAGCUCCGAGGCUAUCAUGCUUGGCGUAUUGGCUAUGAAGAAGCGCUGGAAGCUCAAGAGAAAGGCCGAGGGCAAGUCCACCGAGAACCCCAACAUCGUCAUGAGCUCGGCCGUGCAGGUGUGCUGGGAGAAGGCCACGAGAUACUUCGAGAUCGACGAGAAGCUCGUAUACUGCACCCCGGACCGAUACGUUAUCGAUCCCGAGGAGACCGUAAACUUGGUCGACGAGAACACAAUUGGUAUCUGUGCGAUCCUGGGAACGACCUACACUGGCGAGUACGAGGAUGUUAAGGCAGUGAAUGACCUGCUUGUGAAAAGGGGCAUCGACUGCCCGAUCCACGUUGACGCUGCCAGCGGAGGAUUUGUCGCCCCCUUCGUGGUGCCUGAUCUGGAGUGGGACUUCCGCCUUGAGAAGGUGGUUUCCAUCAAUGUGUCAGGCCACAAGUACGGUCUCGUUUACCCUGGUGUUGGCUGGGUCGUCUGGCGGGCUGCCGAAUUCUUGCCCCAAGAGCUGGUAUUCAACAUCAACUAUCUAGGCGCUGAUCAGUCAUCAUUCACAUUGAACUUCUCCAAGGGCGCUUCGCAGGUCAUCGGCCAGUACUACCAGCUCAUCCGACUGGGAAAGAAGGGUUACCGCGCCAUCAUGUCCAACCUGACCCGCACUGCCGACUACCUAUCCGAGUCCCUCGAAGCCCUAGGGUUCAUCAUCAUGAGCAAAAAGUCGGGCGAAGGCUUACCGCUAGUUGCCUUCCGACUGCCUGAAGAUAAGGACCGGCACUACGACGAAUUUGCUUUGGCGCAUAAGUUGCGCGCCCGCAGUUGGGUCGUACCUGCCUACACCAUGGCUCCUCAUACCGAGAACCUCAAGAUGCUUCGCGUCGUUGUACGGGAGGACUUUACGAAGAACCGAUGUGAUAUGCUGAUCAACGAUAUCAAACUCUGCCAGGGACUCUUGCAGGAUAUGGACAAGGACGAGGUCAAGAGGCAUAUGGACUUCAUCAAAACGCACAACGUGCACAGCCAUCACAACAAGAACAACCACCCCAAGUAUCGAAAUGAAAAGCAUUCGUUGCAAGGCAAGCACGGCAAGACCCACGCGGCCUGCUAA